AUGACCGGAUACGCUGACCUCUCAAUCCAGUGGAUCACAAUCGGUACAUGCGCGUCCUUGAUGAACCAGUCAUCGGACUAUUUCACAAGGUUGCUGAUGCUUUGCACAGCGUUGGCACGACGCUCACCGUCUGGUACCGGUGGGACGUGGGAUAAAAAGAACAAAUUGCUUGUUUGUCCAGAUUCCACAACAAAGGUGAUCCACGAUCCAAACGAUGAGAUUGUUCAGCGGUAUGAGAAAGGUUAUCUCGGCGAACAUCAGCGACAAUGA